UGACGUCACCCGGAAGUUAUUGCUUAGCUGGCGGCAAAUAGUUUUCCACCGAUAUUCUCAUCCCAACAAACAAAUUAUUUCAGGUAGCUAGUAAAUUCGUUUAAAUGCGUUUUACAUUUUCAGUUUGAACUUUAAUGAGUUAUUUAAAUAACGCAUGUCUCAGACAAACUCUUGAGUCUUUUAGAGUGUUUGUUAUCCUAGCUUGUAAAGCUAGCUAACGUUACAUUAGCCAUUGUCUUGGGUUGGAAAGUGACGGCAGCUCAAUAGCCCACCAUGUCUAAACCGGGUUCUGACUGUGGCGUUCCAGUCCAGAGAAGCUCACAGCCUGGUCCAGAGACGGUCUCAGUGAAGCUGGAGGACUGCGGUCAAACACUGGAACUCAAUGAGAGAGCUCCAACUCAGGCUCACUCAGCGAGCCCAGUACCACAGUAUCAGGAAACCACCAACAACACAGAGGGAGGAACUCAAGGCAGAAACAUCACCACUGCUUGGACUGCUUCACUCGUUUCUGUGAUCCAGAGGAGUUGAGACACACUUGUAAAGACCACAGCCACGGUGUAACAUGUCCUCCCAAACGGAAGACGACUUCCAGCUCCUUCUCACCAAUCCUCCCACCAGUCCUCCCAAACGGAAGAAGACUUCCAGCUCCUUCUCACCAAUCCUCCCACCAGUCCUCCCACAAUUUUCUUUCAUCAUCGUGUCAGCUAAUGGGGAUCCUAGUAAACAUAAAGAUAUAUCUGAUGUUUAAGUGCGUCUUUGAGACGAUGUGUUAGGGAGACUCCAGACUCCAGAGGCAUUAUGACGCUCACGGCUUCUUUAAGCACCCAAGAGGCACAAAACAAACUGUUUGACUGUAUGCACGAGGUGUACAAAGAGGCGAUUACCAAGGAGGUGUGGGCGGCUAGCUUCGUAGCGGUGCAGGUGGACGGAAUGCCGUGGACAGGGGAGGUCUCCUCCGGGGUGAUAUUGCCCCUAGCUACAGAUCUAGGAUCAGCUUCCCCAAUCCCAACUGUGACCAUUAGUGUGGAAAAUGCCAUACUGGCCCAAGAUCAGCUUCUUGGGCUAACAAUCUACUCCAGUACGCCACAGCAGGUCUCUGUUGUGCUACGGUACACGCUUCCAGACAAUACUGUCACGGAGAGGUUUUGGGAGCUUGUGGACCUAAAGGAUAAAACGGCCGCCGGUCUCACCAACGCAGUCAAGGACUCACUGGAGCCACUGAAUCUGGAGCACAAGAUGAUUGGUCAGACGUACGACGGGGCUGACGUACGCGACCUGGAAACACACCUGAAACACACCUAUCCCAGCACUAACUCUGUGCACUGCUACGCUCACCCACUACGCGUCACACUCCAGCAGAUCUGCUCGGCGACAGCGACUCAACUCAAAGUGUCUUUUUUGCGGAUUUGUCUUUGUUUUGAAACUUUCUUCAAAGAUCAGCCAAAAGAGAGCUACAGCUGCAGGGUGGAACUGUGAGCGAGAAACGGUCAGUGUGGUUUGGGAGAAUCGCAUUGCUCUUCUGAAGUGUGUGGAGGAUAUUAGGACACAGCCGAUGUGGGACCAGGACUCUAUCAGAGAGGCUUACGGCCGGUCAGCCAAACUCAGGGACCCCACGUUCCUACAACUACUGCAAUGUUUCUAUUGGGUCAUGCAAGAGGUGGAUGUUCUCACUGUGAACAUACACAGAAGGGAUGUUGUCGUGGUGGACAUCGAACAGGCAGUUGAUAGUUUCGAGAAGUACGUUCAAGCCCAACAGGGGAGAGCUGAAGCCACAGCACACGUAGGCCCCGUUUCGGACAACGACAAGAGAGAGAGACACAGAGAACUGCAGCGGUCAUGAGGAAGGCAUGUGACGUCAUCGUCACACAUGUGCAUCACAGGUUUUCUCAAAGUAGCGACCAUUUUAAUCGCAGCCAAACUGGCGAAUCCCACGCUCUUCUCUAAGUUCGUAGGCUGUUUCCCGUGCUCAGCCCUACAGUGUGCUGCCAAGCUAUGGUGGUUAACACUGGGAAGCUGAAAGAUGAAUUGACCUCUCUGUACCAACACACGGAGCUCCACAGUGGUACAACAGCUCUCUCUUUACUGAAAACAAUCAGCGAGCUCAACCUCCAGGAUGUUUUGUCAGAGACGGUCUCUCUUCUCAAAAUCAUCAUCACCACUCCCAUGCAGACUGCCGAGUCUGACAGAAGGUUCCCCACUCUGAAGAGAAUCCAGGCGUUGCCGUGUUCUCGGAACACCUCGGGUUCCGGGAUCGCUUGGCAACAGAACAACGGAAGGCUAAAUGCACUGUUCAUGCUCUCUGUCGAGAAGGACUUCAUUCAAACACUCAGGUCAGACUUUAACGACAAGGUCGUUGAUAAGUUUGUCCAAAAUAAAACCUGCCCUGGAGCCUUCCUGUUUAAAUGAGCAGUACAGCAUCUAAGAAGGCUUGGGCUGUGUCUUUAUAUAGUAUAUACUGGGGCUGUGUCUUUAUAUAGUAUAUACUGGGGCUGUGUCUUUAUAUAGUAUAUACUGGGGCUGAGUCUUUAUAUAGUAUAUACUGGGGCUGUGUCUUUAUAUAGUAUAUACUGGGGCUGUGUCUUUAUAUAGUAUAUACUGGGGCUGAGUCUAUAUAUAGUAUAUACUGGGGCUGAGUCUAUAUAGAGUAUAUACUGGGGGCUGAGUCUAUAUAGAGUAUAUACUGGGGGCUGAGUCUAUAUAGAGUAUAUACUGGGGGCUUAGUCUAUAUAUAGUAUAUACUGGGGGCUUAGUCUAUAUAUAGUAUAUACUGGGGGCUUAGUCUAUAUAUAGUAUAUACUGGGGGCUUAGUCUAUAUAUAGUAUAUACUGGGGGCUUAGUCUAUAUAUAGUAUACUGGGGGCUUAGUCUAUAUAUAGUAUACUGGGGGCUUAGUCUAUAUAUAGUAUAUACUGGGGGCUUAGUCUAUAUAUAGUAUAUACUGGGGGCUAGGUCUGUAUAUAGUAUAUACUGGGGCUGAGUCUAUAUAUAGUAUAUACUGGGGCUGAGUCUAUAUAUAGUAUAUACUGGGGCUGAGUCUAUAUAUAGUAUAUAUUGGGGCUGAGUCUAUAUAUAGUAUAUAUUGGGGCUGAGUCUAUAUAUACUAUAUACUGGGGCUGAGUCUAUAUAUAGUAUAUACUGGGGCUGAGUCUGUAUAUAGUAUAUACUGGGGCUGAGUCUAUAUAUAGUAUAUAUUGGGGCUGAGUCUAUAUAUACUAUAUACUGGGGCUGAGUCUAUAUAUAGUAUAUACUGGGGCUGAGUCUGUAUAUAGUAUAUACUGGGGGCUGAGUCUAUAGGCUGAGUCUAUAUAUAGUAUAUACUGGGGCUGAGUCUGUAUAUAGUAUAUACUGGGGGCUGAGUCUAUAGGCUGAGUCUAUAUAUAGUAUAUACUGGGGGCCGAGUGUCCCAAAUGGCGCACUAUUCCCUCUGUAGUGCACUACAUUUGACCAUGGGCCCACAAAAUAAGUCCAUAGACUCCAGUAGUAAAUCUUUUUUUAUACAUAAUUCAAAUCAGUAGAAGGUCUUUUAAUGUUGGCUACGCCUUCUAUAAGUCAAUCAUUUCACCUGAUUAAAAUAUAUAUGCUAUAGACUAUGCAGAGCCACGGUCGGGUCCAUUCGGAUCUAUCAGCUGUGGUUACGUAGACCCGAGAUCCGAUGACAAUCAAACAGGACCCGAGGGACAGGGUAGAAUUUCAGACCAGAAUGGGCCCGGGUCUCGGGUAUAUGAAGACCUCUAAUUGGCAUCCAAAGUCAACAAUAUGAGUGUGUUGUUAUGUCAUGAUCUGCUUGUAAACUGUAAAAUGUUGUCAACUAUCCUUCAACUGAAUUAUAAAUCCAAACAGUUCCAACUGUC